AUGAUGGAUCAGGAAUAGACCUGUUAAAGACAUCAAAAGGAUAUAGAAUAUUUUUGCAUAGAGAAAUCAAACUAAUCUAAAAUAUCAUUCCUCUGUUAAGAUUGCAUAGAUGAGGCAAACCCUUCUUAAAAAUAAGGUCAAGGAAGGUUCUUUAAAUUUGAUAAUAUUCUGAAACAAGUUGAAUAAGCAAGCGAAGCAUUAAAGACUAAAUAAAGUGAUCUCAGCUAAAUAAUGAAGAAGUUUGAAUAAUUCAAAGAAAAAAUUGAAAGAUAAAUAAAAGUAGAAAAAACUUUCUUUCAUGAUCUCUCAUAAAAAAUUAGAGAUUUAUAAUUUUUUGGUAACCAAAGGGCAUUUCCUGAAUUAUCAAAAAACUCUUCUUAUUAAAAAGCAAUUUUAAAUGAAGAAAGAGAAGAAGGUUGGAAUAACUUUAGUUAGAAAAUGAAAAAUGAAUUUGAGUUAUUUACGACUGAUAUGGAUAAUUUCAUCAAUAAUCAAUAAAAUAACUUUAAUUUUGAAGCUUAUGCUGAGUACUCAAACUAAAAUGGAGGCAAAUAUAGUAAAAAUUAGAUUAAAGAAAAUUAAUAAACAAAAAAAAGUCUUAUAUUGAAAAAAGAGGAAUAAAAGAAAAUUUAAAUAGCAGCUAAUCCAGCGCUAUUAGACUCUAAUGGCAUAAUAGAAAUAGAUUAAGUUGUAUAACCUUAAAAAAAUCAAUUAAUAUAGACGACAUAAUAGUUUCAAUCAAUUCAACCAAUUCAACCAAUUUAACCAAUUCAACCAAAUUAACCAAUUCAACCAUAAUAACAAUAGGAAACAGGGAACUAAUAAGAAAUUGCUUAAGGUACUCUAUAAUAAAGUAUAUUUAAAUUAAACAAAAAUCUUUUCAAAGUUAAAAUAAUAGAAAAAGAAGAAAUAAAGCAUAUCUUAGUUAUCAAUAAAGAAGUGCAAAUAGUGGCAUCUGAAAGAGAAGUUCGAAUAUGUAAGCUUCUCAGAUCUUAGGAAGGGAAGAUAAUUAAUAAAAAAAAAAUGAAUAACACUAUUUUGGAUAUUCACCUUGUUUCUCCUUAAAAAGUUCUUUUUUUCACCCAAAAAUUAUUGUACUUAUAUGACUUUAAAGAUUUGUUACUUAUAAAAGAAAAAACAGAUAAAAUUGAAUUAAAGAAAAAUUUAUUUGCUUAUUAAAAUGGUUUCUUAUACAGGUAUGAGAGCUCAACCUAAGAAUUGAUAAAGUAAGAAUAUGGAAGCGACAAACAGCAGAUAAAUAAUUUCGUGGAUCUUCCAGAUGAUAUGAUGGUUGUUGCGAUUAAAAUUGUAGGUGACUAAUUACAUGUUGGAUUUAGUAAUGGAAAAAUAAGACAUUAUGAACUUUCAAAUUUAAUUUAGAAGGAUGAAGAGUAUGUAAUAAAUCGAGAGGAAGAAGGAAUAUUUAGAUUUUUUUAUUUUGAAAAAGAUUAUUGCAUCGGAGUUCAAAAAACAGUGUUAUACAAAUUAAUCUAUAAAUCUAAAUUUAUUGAUGAUAUAGUUAGGACGAAAGAACUUAUAAAACAAUGUGCAUAUUUGAUAGACCACCAGAACAAAAAAAUUGAAAUUCAAUGUUUAUUACCAAAUAAUAAAGUUUUUACUUAUAAGAAAAAAGACGAUGUGGUAUGUCGAAAUAAAAAAUUAAAGUACACCAAAAUCUCUUGUAUACAGGCUUGUCCUAAAUUUAAAAAAUUUUAUUAUGGAUACAUAGGUGGAGAUGUAAAAUGUGUAAAGCUUCAAAUUUGA